UUCCAGGGGGUGUGUUCUCCUGAAUUGACCUUUGAAAGGGCUUAAGAAUAUGUUCUUAUUUUUACUUGUGUUAUUUUUUCAGGUCCUUUGGACGUUUACUACACUAGUGAAACUGUGCCUAGCUAUAUUGUGUGCCCCGGGUAAAGUAUUUAAGAAAAAGGAGAGAGGCAUUCCUCCAGCCUGUUUAUUGGAUCCUUCUCAUGGGACACACGAGUAUAUAACAGCUAAUGGUAUCAAGUUUCAUUGUGUGUCUAAAGGAGAUCCUAGUAAACCUUUAAUGCUGUUGCUUCAUGGCUUUCCUGAGUUUUGGUUCUCUUGGCGUUAUCAGUUGAAGGAAUUCUGUAAUGAGUAUCGUGUGGUAGCCAUUGACAUGAGAGGAUAUGGUGAAAGUGAUAAACCAGAUGGUGUAAUGAACUAUACUAUUGAUAUAUUAAGACAAGAUAUCAUACAAUUGGUGAAGACUCUUAGCCCAGAGAGGAAGUGUAUAUUAGUUGGGCAUGAUUGGGGUGGAGUAUUGAGCUGGGAAGCAGUGAUUUCUAAUCCGGAAUUGUUUGAAAAACUUAUUAUUCUUAACUGCCCAAAUCCCAGGGUAUUUGCAAGGCAUAUAAGAACAUGGAAACAACUAAUGAUGUCAUGGUAUAUGUUCAUGUUCAGGACUCCUUAUUUGCCAGAGUUUCUCAUUUCAAUGGGUGACUUUGGUAUGCUCAAGGCAAUGUAUAGGGGAAGAAAAGGAGGCCUGCGUAAUAGAGAUAAUUUCUCAGAAGAAAUCCUUGAGGCUUUCAAAUACACUUUCAGUCAAGGAAAGAACUGCCUGACGCCUCCCAUCAAUUAUAUUCGUAAUAUCUUCAAUGGAUUAUCACGGAGAAGAGGUCCUUCUAAACCAAUUGAUAUUCCUGUUCUUCUCAUAUGGGGAGAUGAUGAUGCAUUCCUGGAUAAUGAUAUGGUUGACGUUCAUUCUAAUCCAAAGAUUUGUAGUAAUGUGACCAUCAAGCAUAUCCCUGGUUGUAGUCACUGGGUACAACAGGACUGUCCUGAAUUAACCAACCAGCACAUGAGGGAGUUUCUUGAACAAUAACUUAUUGCUAUUAGUGUACUCAAUUAGUGACAGUGCCAGUGACUUUCAUUAUGGCUUUGUGUUAUUUCUUUAAUUAUUAGCUUAAUCAUAAUAUCAUCAUAA